CAUGGCGGUUUGAAUGAAAUAAGAUUUUUUGAGGUUGUUCAACUGCUUUUCAAUUACUGUAAUAACUCAAACGAAAAUAAACUGGGAGUUUACAUGUAUUUUUAAAUUCAUCAUUCCAAGGUUACAUGUUUCAAACAAUAUAAUAUAUAACUUAACUACAACAUGGCUACCCUUUCAAGAUUCCAAAAAAUAGCACUUAUCAGCUUAGGAGCGGUAGGAGGAAGUCUUGCGUACUAUCAAAUUGGUAAAAACGAGAAGAAGUUUGAUGUGCAAAAUGCAUGGACAACAAACUAUAAGCCAAGUGUAAAAUGGGAUAGAAACUGGGACCAUAGUGAACCACAGUCAAUUGUGAAACCUCCAAAGACGUCUAGUCCAGAAGAACAAAACACAUACAAUGAAAAGCUUGAAAAGGCCAAGAGCAAAGCUGUGCGACAUGUUUUACUUGUUAGACACGGCCAGUACAAUACCAGUGGUGAAACAGACUUGGAUAAGACAUUAACAGAACUUGGUAAAAAACAAGCUGACUUGACCGGGAAAAGAUUAGCCCAGUUGAAUCUAAACUGGGACCACAUUAUAAAAUCAACUAUGACGAGAGCUCAGGAGACAGGUGACAUCAUACUGAAACAUUUGCCGGAGACUGUUGAUGUUAAACACUGCCAGCUCAUUGAAGAAGGAGCCCCAGUGCCACCAGAGCCCCCCGUCGGGCAUUGGAGGCCUGAACCUAGACAGUUCUUUCAGGACAGUGCCCGUAUCGAAGCAGCGUUUCGACGUUACUUCUUUAGAGCACCACCAGAUCAGACCUCAGACUCCUACACCCUGCUAGUCUGCCAUGCAAAUGUUAUACGCUUCUUUGUGUGCAAAGCUCUGCAGUUCCCACCUGAGGCCUGGCUACGGAUGUCUCUAAACCACGGCUCAAUAACCUGGAUAUCAAUACUGCCCAACGGCAAUGUUGUGUUGCGAUUACUGGGUGACACCGGACACAUGGAUCCCCAGUAUAUAAGUAGUCGCUAAAUAAAUAGGUAAACAAAUUACUACUUCUUUUAGAUGAUGAUGUUUUUGACAUGCAUACUUAAGAGUUAAGAGUAUGUGUAAUGGUUAUGAAACAUUGAGAAAUAAGAAUUACAAAUGUUAGGAAUGUUUCCAUCUAAAAGAAUGAUCAUUUACACUGAUUUGAUACGCUGUAAUAAAAUGAAAGUUACCGUUUAACCCAUGGUUGAAUGUAUUGCAAAUAGAAUGGAUUAUAUACUAAACAUAUUUAUAGUUUUGAAGAACAAGACAUCUUUAACAAUAAACAACAUUUCAUUAAGAGGUAAUCUGGUACUAGGUUUUUUUGUAAGUUGUCUAGCUUGGUAUUAUGCUUACAUUUUUAAAAACAUCUACAC